GCAGCCAUAAAAGGUUGGAGACGUCUGAGGAGAGGAGCAGACUCAAAAGCAACAAACAUGAAGAAGGUUGUUAUUCUGAUCAUAGCAUUCGGAUUCUGUCUUUCUGAUCCUGGACCUGAUGAGAAUGACAGAGUCUGUCAAGUUGCAGGCUCAGCUAGCUGCUGUAACAUCUGCUCUCUCACAUCUGUAACUCAAAAAGUGGGAGAACUGGGGGAGAAGGUUGUAAACAUGGCAGAAAAAAUUACUUUUCUGGAGACCAGGCUGCAAAACACCGAAAAAGAAGUUCUGGAGUUACGGAGCCUCACUGGAGGCUCUCCUCAGGUGGCUUUUUCAGCAGCUCUCAGGGAUUCUGGUUCUGGAGACAUAGGACCUUUUACCACUGCUACCCCAUUGCAGUACAAAAAGGUUUUCUCCAACACAGGCAAUAGCUAUAAUCCAUCAACAGGCAUUUUUACAGCGAUGGUCAGUGGAAUGUACUUUUUUCGCUUCUCAAUGUUCAACAACCUGGCUUCUACCCCAAACUCGGUUGUGAGCCUCAUGAAGAACAGCGAACGGCUGACGUCAGUGUGGGAUACCAAUGGGUCUGACAGCAAUGACAUGGGCAGCAACGCUGUGGUCAUCCCUCUGAAGGUGGGAGACAACGUGUUCGUGCAGCUGCAGCCAAACAGGCUCGUCUACGACGACACCAUGAACUACAACACUUUCAGCGGCUUCCUGCUUUUUACUGUGUGAUGCAUACAACAGCUCUGCAUGCCAGCAUGAUUUAUUAUUUCACAAUAAAGGAAGAUUCUUUUUUCAAUUUGCAAAUUAGCAUAAUUUGUGUAGAAAAUAAUUGAUGAAAUAAAUAAAUCAGAAAUAUUGCA